UCACGAAGCCAAUGGGGGGCGGGGGGCGGGGCCGUGCCGGCGCGGCGGGGAUGAGGCUGCCGGCGGGGGUGCGGGAGCGGGUGGCGGCGGUGCACUGCGGGGCGGCGCUGCCCGAGCGCCUGCGGCUGUACGAUGGCUGGGCCGACCGCUACGAGGAGGAUGUGGCGGCGCUGGAGUACCGGGCACCGCACCUGGCCGCCGCUUCGCUCGCCUUCGCCUUCCCCGCGCCGCCCGCCGGGGCGCGGCUGCUCGACGUGGCCUGUGGCACCGGGCUGGUAGCGCGGGAGCUCCAUCGCCGCGGCUUCCGCUGCCUGCACGGCGUGGACGGCAGCGAGGGGAUGCUGGAGCGGGCGCGGAGCACCGGGCUGUACCGGCAGCUGCGGCGGUGUGUGGUGGGCCGGGAGCCUCUGCCUGCGCCCGCAGAGCACUACGACGCCGUGACAGUGGUGGGGGCCCUGGGCGAGGGGCAGGUGCCGAGCACGGCCGUCACCGAGCUGCUGCGCGUCACCAAACCGGGAGGUUUCUUGUGCCUGACAACGAGGAGCAACCCCUCCAACCUGCGGUACAAGGCGGAGCUGGAGGCAGCGCUGGCGGAGCUGGAGCGACAGGGAGCCUGGCAGAAGGUGCUGGCCCAGGAGGUGGAGCGCUGGGAGAGGGCCACCUCCGAGGAGGAGAGCACCCAGGGCACCGGCUACAUCUCCGGGGUGGUCUACAUCUAUCAGAAAUGUCCCGUGCCCCCCCUCGAGGAAGGCUGAGAGCCCAGGCGGCUCUGGGGAGGUGGGGGGGGAGCACUUGGCCCCUUGUAAAACCCAGCCCCAUGACCCCCUCCCAGAGCAGGGUGGCUGCUAGGGGGUGACAAGGGUCAUGGGGAGCUCCCAGAGCCAAAACGUCCCCAUUCCCUUCCCCAACUCCUUCCCCUCAAGGUCUGGGCUCUGGGGACAUUGCCCACUCUGCAGCUUGGGGAGGGUCUCCUGGUUUCACCAGGGUCUCCUGGGCACCACCAUUAGCUGUGACAUUCUGGUACCGUCUCUGUCACCUCGAUCCUCGCCAUGACAUCUCGCAGACCCACCUCACGCUUCACAGCCAUUUCCUGUCUGGGGUGUCUUCUCCCCUCUGGGCCCACCUCAGUCAAAAUCUGGAUCCUUCUUCAUCUUCCCCAGCCCAGACCCCUGUGAUCUUUACCGGGGGACCAUUGGAGGUGGAUCCCCAUCACCACGUCCUGCCGGUCCCCCUCCUCGUCCUCCCCAGGAGCCUUCCCACAUGGCCAUGGUCAAAAUCUAGAUCCGCCUUCAUCUUCCCCACCCCAGACCCCUGUGGUCUCUACCGAGGUACUGUUGGAGGUGGGUCCCCAUUGCCACAUCCUGUGGUCCCCCAUCCUCAUCCUUCCCAGGAGUUAACCCAGCGCACCCUGAGGUGCAGGAGACCUCGGCAUCCAAACCAGGAGCCGCUGUGCCAACACGACGCCCAGCCAGAGGAGCUUUCCAAGCACCCCGUCAGCCUGUCAUCCCGCGACAGCUGCAUUAAGUCUCUCAUUUUCCUACAGCUUUGUAGUUCAUGGCCUGGGUGGGAAAGGAGGCUGGAAGGGACUCCAGGAGCCGCCCGGCAUCGCCUGCCCAGCCUGUUCCCCGAGCCCCGUGCCACGCUGCCUCCGCAUCUCCUCCUCCGCUGCUCCCUUGGGAAGCUUUUUACCCAAAUCUCUUGCUGGGAUGUUUCCUUUUCCCGUUUUUCUCUUCCCCCCAGACCUGUUCCUGCUCGUCCCGUUCCCAUGGCUCUGGGGAACCGGUUGCUUCCUUCCCUUCAGGAGCUUUUCUCCGGUGGCCGUGUCUGUCCCCAUCACCCACCUGGGGCAUCCCACAUCUCCCGCACUCCCCCUCCCCGUGGCUCUUGUCACCCCUCCGCAUUGUCCCCGAAGGUCUUGGCGUCCCUGCGCCCAUCGUGGGGAGCUGCCCUGCGCCCCUCUCCCCCCAUUUGUCUCCAGCACUGUCCCCUGGGCACUUGGGUGAGGUGGGGGGGUUGUGGCUGUCCCCAUCCCUGCACUUGGCUGUUGAAUAAACCCUUUGCCUCCGC